GUUUAAGAUUUGAAUAGCUUUUUAGAAAUCAGAAAAUCUUAUGUCAAACUGAGUUGUUCAAACUAAAGACCCCUUUGUAGAUUUUCGUACUGAAUAGCUCAUUGUCAACAUUUAAUUUGAAUUGGACUCUUAUAAUUAACCAAUAUGAGUUUAAGACCUCAAAGGAUAGUUUUUGAUGAUGUUUGGGGAUGCCUGAGACAAACAGUGGAGAAGGUAUUGAAGUUAAACAGUGUACGACGAGAUGAUUGGAAUUCUAGCUUUACCGACGUUUAUUCGAUUUGCGUGGCAUUUCCGGAUCCCUUGGCUGAUCGACUGUAUUCUGAGACGAAAUUAUUUUUGGAAAAUCAUGUCAAGUCACAACUAGAUGAAUUCAAUUGCUACAUGAAUGAUAUGAAUGAUAGUGAGAGUGGCGAGAAUCAAUUACUGCACAAGUAUUACAGCGCUUGGAAAAAUUACAGCCAAGGACUUGAAUAUUUAAACUAUUUAUAUUUAUACCUAAAUCAACAGCACAUAAAGAAACAAAAAGUAUCGGAAGCUGAAAUUUUAUAUGGAAAUGGCACAACUCCACUCACUAUUUCUCAAGAACAGAUGGAAAUAGGCGAGUUGGGCCUUGAUAUUUGGCGAUUGCUUAUGAUACAGAAUUUAGGUGAUAUUCUUGUGAAGCAAAUUUUACAAGGCAUCGAACGUGAUCGCGUUGAUAAUUGUUUAACGUCCAAAGAUAUAGCUACAAUUCACGGAGUCAUUCACAGUUUCGUGAUGGUUCAAGACUACAAAAAGAAAGGCAAUUUACAAUUGUACGAAAGUCUUUUUGAGGGUAAAAUGUUGGAAGCUAGUGGAAAUUAUUUCACAUCUCAAGCGUCUAAGCUCUUGCAAAACUGCUCUGUUAGUCAAUAUAUGCAGGAAGUCAUUCGAAUCCUCGAGGAAGAGAAUGUUCGCGCACACAAAUUUUUCCAUAUUAGUUCCAUUCAAAAGCUUAAAAAGGAAUGUGAAGAUCGAAUGAUUACCGAUCAUAAGAACUUUUUAUAUUCGGAAUGCAAGGAAAUGGUCAGUAAUGAUAAGCGAGAUGAUUUAAGAAAUUUAUAUGUUUUGUUGAAACCGAUUGUUGAUGGACUUAAAGAACUCAUUCAGAUUUUAUUGGAACAGAUUAAAAAUGAGGGUGCUGAAUCAAUAAUGAAUUUAAAAGGAGAAAAUAUUCAUAUUCAAUUUGUUGAAAAUAUGCUUCAAGUACAUCAAAAGUACGAAAAUCUCAUCGUAGAAACUUUUAAGAACGACCCACUUUUCCUCAGCGCAUUAGAUAAGGCUUGCGCCAGCGUUAUUAAUUCAAAAUUAAGCGAUGGCAAGACUACAUGUCGCAGUGCUGAACUCGUUGCAAAGUAUUGUGACAAUUUAUUAAAGAAAUCAAAAUCUACGGAAUGUGAAAUUGAAACGAAAUUGUCCAAGAGCAUAACCAUUUUCAAAUACAUAGAAGAUAAGGACGUCUAUCAAAAGUUCUAUAGUCGUAUGUUAGCUAAACGACUUAUUCAUGACCAAUCCGUCAAUAUGGAACUGGAAGAAGUUAUGAUAAACAAGUUAAAGCAAGCAUGUGGAUAUGAGUUUACAAAUAAAUUACAUCGCAUGUACACUGAUAUAGGAAUUAGUAUGGACUUGAACAAUAAAUUUAAUCAACAUUUAAAGAAUGUGAAUGACGAACUAAGCAUCAAUCUUGCAAUAAAAGUUUUACAAGCAGGCGCGUGGCCCUUAGGUCCACAAACUAAUAUAACUUUCGCCGUGCCACAAGAAUUUGAACAGCCUAUUCGUAAAUUUGAAGCCUUCUAUAACACCAGCUUUAGUGGACGAAAGUUAUCAUGGCUUCAUCAUCUUUGUGCUGGUGAAUUAAAAGUGUCUUUAGCCAAAAAAUCUUAUUUGAUUACAAUGCAAACAUAUCAAAUGGCUAUGCUUUUGUUGUUCGAAAAUUGUGAUACAAUGAUUUGCAAGGAAGUUCGCGAAGUCCUGCAAUUAAAUAACGACAACUUCCAAAAACAUUUACAAUCACUCGUUGAUCAGAAGCUACUUCUUAUUGACACAGAGAAAAUUGAAGAUUCAUCCGUACUAUCCCUAAACUUAGAAUUCACUAAUAAACGCACAAAAUUUAAAAUAACAGCUUCAAUGCAGAAGGAAUCUCCACAGCAAGAGAUUGAGCAAACAAUAACUCAAGUUGACGAGGAUCGUAAAUUAUAUUUACAAGCAGCUAUAGUAAGGAUAAUGAAAGCACGCAAGGUCCUCAAACACAAUGCUCUCAUUCAGGAGAUUCUCUCCCAAUCGAAAGUAUGUUUCGCACCGAGCAUACCAAUGAUCAAGAAAUGUAUUGAGUCAUUGAUUGAUAAACAAUAUAUAGAACGUACUGCAAACUCAAGUGAUGAAUAUAGUUAUGUUGCUUAAAAAAUUUACAAAAUUUAUCGUUAUUUCUUUUUUAAAAAGCUCCUGGAACAUUAAUUAUGAAAUUUAUUUUUUUUUUCUAUUUGUUAAUUCCUUUUUUGUAAAAACUACAUGAUGUGAGCGUAUUUUUGCCGUGUCGAUUGUUAAUUGAAAUAAACUAUCACAUAUUGUGAGGAAUGAAGAAAAGAUAUCAAGUCUUUCAUAUGAAUAAAUAUUAAAGAUAUGUAUAUUGUGUUUAA